AUGUAUUAAGGUAGAAUGGAUGAUAAUCAAUGGAUUAAUGAUGAUCAUAUGGAUUAGGUAUUAAUAUAUUUGUUAAAUGAAAGCCUGAAGAUGUAGGAUUUGACAAGGAAGAGAUAACAAAAGUGGAUUUAUUUGUUAAUAAACCAUUUGAUAUUCCCAAUUUUCCAAAGAAUGAAUAAAUAAAAUAGGCAGGAAUAUCUUCACAUAUGUUUGUGAUAAUAACAAGAUAAAAUAACAUAUAUCGAUGGAGACCAGAGAAAGAUGAUCAUUGUGUGUAAAUGGAAUUACCAGAAGUACAAUAAAGUGGUUUGACAGGUAAAUUAUUGGGAGGGAAAAGGAAUGAAAGAAAAGACAUUAUAUUAGAGAGAUUAUUUUUAUAUGGACCACAUGCUUUGAUAGUUUCAGACAAUGGGGAAAGUUUUUAUAUAAAUGUUAGAUCAGAUAGGAUACGAUCAAUGGAAUAAUUAAAAGGAAAAUAGAUUAAAUGUAUUGGUUGGGAUGAUCAAUGUGAUGAGACUGACACUCAUGAAAUAUUGUUAGCAACAAAAGAUUCUAAAAUCUAUAUAUAUAGAAUUGAUUGUAGAUAAGGAGAUGUAAGAGAAGAAGAAGCAAAAUUAAUGGUCACAAUUCCAAAUGAAAGAUAAAUCAAUUAAAUAGAACAAUUUACAGUGAUGUAUGAUAAUAAUAAAUACGCUUGUGUUGUUGUUUCAACUAACUUUAGUUUAUUCUUCUUUUAUGGAUUGAAUAGUCUUAGCAUUUUAUUUACUAAAUAUAAAGAUCCUUAAAGUGUAGCUAGAGCAGAAUCAUAACCAUCUCGUUAUCAUACUAGUUUAUUAGCUGUAUCUUAAAGGAAAAAUUCAUUUUUAUUUACAAAUGGGAAAUCAUUAAAUUUAUUCACUCUUCCUGAGAAGGAUUUGAAUGAAUCAAUAUUGCAAUAAGCUAAAUUAUUGAAAACUGUUAAUAAUUAUUCAGAAAUGCCAGUCUAAAUAGGAUUAACAGAAUUUCAUUAUUUUAUUUUAAGUGCUGAUUCUUUGACUAUUUUCAGUAAAAUAACUUAAUAAGAAGUAUAAAAAUAUGAACUUAGAGGUAUGGGUAGAAUUAUGGGUAUGUAAUAUGAAAGAGAUGGUAAAGUUUUUUGGAUAUAUUCUGAAAGGACAUUUUGUAAAAUAGAAACUGAAGAUGAAGAUAAGGAAGCAUGGAAAUUAUUAAUGGAUUAAAAAAUGUAUAUAGAAGCUUAUGAAAUAUCAAAUAAGUAUAAUUCAGAAUAUACUAAAUAUAUUGCUGGAUUAUGUGGAGAUCAAUUAUUUUAAUAAAAAAAAUAUAAUGAAGCUGCAUCUUAUUAUUAAAAAUCAUCAAAAAAUUUUGAAGAGAUUUUUUUGAAAUUUUUGAAUUGCGAUGAUAUGAAAGCUAGAAUUGGAUUAGAAUAGUAUUUAAAACAUUUAAUUAAUAAUUUGAAAGGAGAAAUUGAAAGAACAUUAGUUUUGGGAUGGCUUGCAGAAUUAUUGAUAUAUAGAUUAAAUGAAUAAGAGAAGUUAAUACAUGAAACUAGAAAUUAUGAAAAUGAAGCUUAAAGAGAUAAAGAUAUAAAAGAAAAGAAAUAAUAAUUAAAUUAAUUAAAUGAAGAUUUAGAUAAUUUUUUGAAAACUUAUAAAUUAGAAUUAGAUUAAAAUCUAGUUUAUUAAAUUAUGGUAAGUCAUGGUAGAUUAUAAAAUUGUGUUGAAUAUGCUAAAUUAAAUAAUAAUUAUGAGAUGAUCAUUUAACAUUAUAUAAAUGAAGAGAAUUAUAAAGAAGCUAUUAAAAAUUUGAAUAAUGUUAAAGAAAAGAGUUCAAUGGAAAUCAUUUAAAAAUAUUCAUUUAUUCUUAUGAGACAUGAACCAGAAUAAACAUUAGAUAUUUUAUAAAAGAAUAUUAAGAAAUUUGAUUAAACUAAAAUUAUUGGUGGUCUAAUGAAUAUUCCUGUAGAAAAAAGAGAAUUUGGAAUAAGAUUCUUAGAACAUUCAAUAACUAAAUUAGAUUGUGCUGAUAAAAGUAUACAUAAUAUCUUAAUAUUCUUUUUAACUUAACCAUUAUAAAAAGAAAAACUUAAUUAUUAUUUAUAGGAAUAAGAAGCAAUAUUAAAAAAGACAGAAAAGGUUAAUUUUGAUUUAGAUUUUGCAUUAAGACUAUUUAAAUAAGCAAGUUGUAUUGAUGCUCAAAUCACUAUUUAUGGAAUGAUGUCUCUUUAUACUGAAUCAGUUACUUUAGCUUUAGAUUAUGGAAUGAUUGAAAAAGCUAAAGAAUAUGCUUAAAAACCAGAAGAUGAUGAUGAGAAAAAGAAGAAACUAUGGAUGAUGAUUGCUGAAAGAUUAUUAUCUUAAAAUUAAGAUAUUGAUAAGGUUAUUGAACUUACAAAAAAUAGUUAGUAAAUUAAAAUUGAAGAUCUUUUACCUCAUUUUAAUGAAAAUAUAAAGAUUGAACAAUUCAAAGAUGAAAUUUGUAAUUCUCUUAAGAAAUAUAAUGAAGAAAUUGAAAAAUUAAAAGAUGAAAUGAAAAAGUUAUCAGCAAAUUCAGAUUAAUUAAAAAAUGAAUUAAAAAUGACAAAAAAUAAAUUUUUAAUUAUUGAUACAUAAUAAAAAUGUGAUCAUUGUGCUAAAUAAUUAUUCAAUGAUACAUUUUAUAUUUUCCCAUGUAAUCAUGGAUUUCAUAAAGUAAAAUUAACCAAUAUAAAUAGGAUUGCAUAGUUACAAAAAUUAAAUCAUUACCUUAACAUUAAGCUAAUAUUCCAUAGAUAGAAACAUAUGAUAUGACUAUGUAAUCUAUAUUAGUCAAAUCAAAUCCCAGUCAAAAUGCUAGUAAAAAAUAAUAAGGUAAUUAAUCAUUUUAUGUUUUGAUCAGAUGGUUAGUCCUUCUUUUAAAUAAUGAAUAUUUUUGGAGGAGCUAAAUAGGAAUAGAGACCAUAAUCCACAUUAACUCCAGAUGAAGAGAAACUAUUGAGAGAAACAAAAGAAAAGUUUGAUAAAAUUGUUGCUAGUGAAUGUAUAUUUUGUGGACCUAAAGUUGUUGAUUCUAUUCAAUUUGGAUUUGAAUUGGAUGCAAGAGAAAAAGAUACAUGGAGUAUAUGA